GAGAUUUGCCAACACCUUUUUCAGGGAUCAAUGCUAUAAGCAAGACAAAUGCUCAAGGGUAAGUAUCAAUAAAACGAAACACAGGGAAGCUGUCCAUUAUGAGGACGGUUACACUGCUACGUUUAGCUGCUAAGGGGAUUAUAGUUCGAUAAGGGGAUGAUACCUGAAGAUGUCUUGGCCCCGUAGUGCAAGACGCGUUGCGUCGCGCGUUGGAGAAGUAGAAUCAGGCGGUGAAGACGCAAACAUUUAUUAAAAAAGAGAACAGUCGUGGCGGAGCGUCUUCAGGGAACCCUAGGUCUGCUAAUUUAAGGCUUGAUAGUUUUAGUCUUUGUGGUUACUUUCGAAAAGGUGGAUCGAUAAAUGACGGCCCAUAGCAUGGGCCUGAGCGAUAGUUCCUCCUCAGAAGAAACGGACAUGUUUAUGUUUGGUUUACCAAAGGAUGUAGGCCUGCCGUAUCGUGAGACUUGCCCAGAAAAUUUAUGUCUCUUCGUGGAUAGUAGUAGUGGGCUGACCACGUGCAGAUUACGGUGUAUCAUGGUGUCUUAUGGUAUGACAGAGCUCUUUUCGGCGUUUUAUGGCGAUUUCAGCGUAUGUUUUUAUCGGAUUAGUACUGUAGUGCGCAUGUGUGUAUGCGAAGUGAAUGCGGCAGCUGCUUUCAAGAUAUAAAGUCUUAUGAUGCUGAGAAUCUGGUCUGCAGCCGGUUGGUUAUAGAUAUCGUUUUCCUCUGUUCUGGAAACCGCGCAGCUGUAUCAAUAAUCCCCAGCUCGGUGAAAAGAACCGAGUGAGGUUCAACUAGAUGGAAAGUACAUAGCUCGCCAAAGAGGUGAAAUUCCACCUAGCGUUUCUUCACACGCUAGAUCGACCCCAGGUAGCGCCCGCUUUCGGACCCCCGAAGGGACUGAAGAUGCAAUUAAUUGCGAUGGACAUCAAAAAGAGUGCCAUGUCCUAUAACACACGUGAAAUUAACCCUUUUUAUUCUUUACUCAUCAUAUCCCAAGUAUUUAAAGUGUUUCAUACAGUUCAAGAGCGCCCAUACACUCGAGGAGUUACAGAGUGAAUUGGUUAGUGCUAGAUCAUAUGCGAAGCUUGGUCAGUAAUUUCGGAAUUUAAAGCUAUUAGAGAUGAUGUAGAUUCCACAACUCCUCUCAUGGUGCUGUGGCAAACCGCUGCCACUGAUGUUAUCUUGUAAUUGUGAACAUUCAUCGGGCUUUAAAUUCCUCAAAAAGCAGGGUGACACGUACGGGGAUUUUUUUUUAGUUUUCUAGCCAAAUGCAAGAACGUUAUCCGAUUUCGAAAUGCGACUUACCAUGCUCAGGAAAACUUGCUACUGGGGCUAGUCCUUUUAAGUCAGAUUUUUAUUGAUAGGUUAGUACGGAAAUACUUGAACUAACAACUGAGGAGCUCGCGAUCAUUGCUAUCUUUGCCAUUGCGAGAAACAAAUGGAUCACCCGAAAUAAGGUCAGCUCGUUUGACUUCAAUAUCAAUUUUCGUAAGGGGUUGAAGGCUGUCUACACUGUGCUCAAUGCAUCGUAGGGUACGGAUUCCUCAUAGGUAAAAAAAUCUUAUCUAUCGUUCUGAUAUUACUUCUCCCUUUCCCUGAAUAGGCAUGACAUGAGGAGUGAUGUUUGAGCCAUAGGGAGAACAGAGAUCAUGCUUAAGCAUAUGCAGCUCACUUUUGAUUUCAUGAUGUUCGCAUAUCAGUUAAAGUAUCCUCAUGCUUUCGCAAAGGACGUAUUUUGUCCAGUAAAACAAUAUUUGAUGGAUUUUGCGUAACACUCUUUUUCAACCCUUUCAUAGUAA